AGAUGGUGGAGAUGGUCCAAGGUGGGACCCGGGGAGCUAUCAGACGGGCCAUAGUGAUCGGAAAUGGGUUUGCCGGAGCUGAGAAUCAGAGCAUUGGUUUGGUUCGUGCUCUGGGUCUAUCUGAUCGUCAUUCUCUAUAUAGAGUUACUAGACCAAGAGGAGGAAUUAACAGAUGGCUUCCAUGGCUUCCACUUUCUCUGCAUAAAAAAGCAGACUAUGUCAUCUCAGGGAUCAGAGGGAGGAACAAAGAUAGCUUAGGUCUCUCAUCUGGUGUUGUGGAAGCUGAUGCAAAGCAGAUUGCAAAUAUGGCUCGUCAGACAUUUGCCAAAGAUGGCCCGUUGCUGGUAGUUGCAUCUGGUCGCGAUACCAUUCCCGUUGCAAGCGCCAUAAAACGAUUAGCUCCAGAAAAUGUUUUUCUUGUUCAGAUACAACAUCCAAGGUCGCAUCUGAACAGGUUUGAUUUGGUGAUAGCUCCUCGUCAUGAUUAUUAUCCAUUGACUCCUCAUGCGCAGAAACAAAUUCCUUGGUUUCUCCGGAGGUGGAUUACCCCUCGUGAACCACCUGGAAAAAAUGUGGUUCUCACUAUUGGAGCUCUUCAUCAGGCUGAUUCCGCUGCACUUAGGAGUGCUGCUUCUUCCUGGCAUGCUGAAUUGGCACCGCUACCAAAGCCCUUGCUCGUAGUCAAUAUAGGAGGCCCUUCAGGGAGCUGUUCAUAUGGCGUGGAUCUUGCAAAACAGUUAGCAGCUAUGCUACAGAAUGUCCUGUGGAGCUGUGGAAGUGUGAGAAUUUCUUUCUCUAGAAGAACUCCUGAGAAGGUGUCCAAACUUCUUAUAAGAGAAUUCAGUAAUAAUCCGAAAGUCUACAUUUGGGAUGGUGAAGGCCGCAAUCCACAUUUGGCCCAUCUAGCCUUGGCAGAUGCUUUUGUCAUCACUGCUGAUUCAGUCAGCAUGUUGAGUGAGGCUUGCAGUACCAGCAAACCUGUGUAUGUGAUUGGUGCCGAACGCUGUACGUGGAAGUUCGCAGACUUCCAGAACCGUCUGGAGGAAAGGGGAGUGGUUCGACCAUUCACUGGUAAAGAGGAUAUGUCUAUGUGUUGGAGCUAUGUUCCACUUAAUGACACUGCCGAAGCUGCUAGUCAGGUGAACAAGGUCCUUGCCGAGCGGGGAUGGAGUAUACUUGCGUAAUGGCAUAGUUCCUGCCAAUAUUAGAUCAGUAAAGCACAUUAGAGUCAAGCGUACUUUACGAGUUGACCCAAUUUUGUUCAUUUUAUUCUUACCAAUGUACAUAAUUUGUUAGGAACUUUCGAUGUAUCAUUGAUGCCAAUGUUAAUUAUCUGAGUUUAGCUUAGGCCUGUAAGCUGUAACCCAUACUAGAA